UAGUAAGUGCUUGCCUAUGUAACCAAGUAACGUAUCUAUCACCCAUGAUUUCCCAUCCCCCAACCAAAUUGGGGUUCCCUCCAAGUACACCAAAAGCAUGUGUCUUCUUAGUGUUGACCAUUACUUUUGAAACCAUAUGCCGGAUGUUAAUAUUAUCAAGAAACAAUGCAAGCUCUUAUUGGAAUAUUCAAAGAAGUUUGGUAAUACAAAAAAAACAAGGGGCCAGAGCAUCCAUCAUUGAAACUGCCAUAUCUUGACCUCAAGUACUUGAAAUAUCCUAUAGUAUGAGUAAAUGAUUGGUAGCAUAAGAUGUUCAUCAGGAAUUUGUUU